AUGGUUUUCGCACUGAAUAGAUUUCUUAUAGCAUCAUCCUUUGAGGCUGUAGCAAGUAACAGAACAAUUGUUGCUUUAUCACCCUUUGAGGCUGCAGCAAAUGAAGUGAAGGAUUUGGGUGACACCAUAGAAGAGAAAACCUAUGUUAUUAAUUGGGAUGGAGCCUUAAGGAUUGAGAAGGUUGUUGAUGAAACUAGAAGUAGAGAAAAGAAGGUCAACAAACGGAAGGUGAAAUCAGUUGAAAGAAAUGAGCAACUUGAGGCUAUGGAUGUAGAGCUUGACAUGAACGAAACGGUUAAAUCUGGCCAAGUAAACAAGACUAACCUCGUUGGAUUGCUUAGAGAUGAUGUUGGACAGUUGAAAGAACUUGAGGGGAAGACUCUUGUUUUAAGCACCAAAGAAGAGCCAAAGUUUGAUGAACCUGAAGAGAAACAUCUCACAGGGGAGUUUGAUAAAGAGAAGUUUGAGGGAUUUUUCGUCUCUUUUCUCGGGCCACUGACAUUAUACUUACACGGUUAG